GUUUCCAGUGCGCCCUACUGGCGACUCCCCGGGCACCGAGGGAAGUUCAUUGCUGGGGUGUCAACGACCGAGGGCAGCUUGGUCAAGGGGAUACCACUGCCCGACCCUUGAAGCAGGAGAGGGUCUGGCUGGGCGGAGCUGUGCAGAACAUCACCAGCGGAUCCCAUCAUAGCUGCGGGCUGCUGAUCACCGGAGAGGUGAAGUGCUGGGGAGCCAAUUCCCGUGGCCAGCUGGGGACGGGCGACACCUUGAAUCGCGGAGACGAGGCGAAUGAGAUGGGAGACUGGCUCAUGGCGGUGCAGCUGGGGGGCCCGGCCGUCCAAGUGGCGGCCGGUGCGGAGCACAGCUGCGCGCGGAUGGUGGAUGGCAGUGUCAAAUGCUGGGGAGCUAACAGCCAGGGCCAGGCCUUGUCCUCGCAGCGCUGCGUCUCCAUUGGCACCAUGCCCUGGGAGAUGGGAAAUGCCCUGGUGGCUGAGAAAUUGCCGCGAAAAGCUGUCAACAUCCUUGCGGGACUAUGGCACACCUGUGCGAUUUUGGACGACAAGACGUCCAAAUGCUGGGGCUCAGUCAAUCCGGCGGAUGCCUGA